AUGGUUAUCCAGAAAAACGCACAUAUCGGGAAACUCGCCGUUAUGCAACGCAAGCCGAACCGUGACUAUGCUUUGGCGAUCUUGAAAGACAUUGCACAUCAGGUUUCGCUCAUCAUGCGUGAGAAUAGCUUCAAAGUUGGCCAGCUGGUCGAGUUUUAUCCGAAAAACAAGCGAUUACUGGGUAUGAAUGUUAACGGUGGCUCCAAAAUCAUGUUGAGGCUUCGACAGCCUUUUGACGAAGAUCAAUUUUUAUCGCGAGAACAGAUCCUGGGAACCAUGCUUCAUGAACUGACUCACAAUGUUUGUGGACCGCAUAACGCAACCUUUUACAAAAAACUCGACGAGCUGACGGCUAGGCAGUGGGUGAUCGAGCAACGGGGUCUUUUUGACGGCUUUGUGGGACAAGGACGGAAACUUGGUGCACGGCCAAGAGCCAGAAUACCAGGUCGAGCUUUGGGUAGUGGGAACGUUUUGGGCUCCGCCCAAAACGGCUCCUGGAAAAUAGGUUCUUUGGACCCACAAGUGCGACGAUCGCCUCGAGAAAUGGCUGCUUUGGCUGCGGAGCAACGUGCACAGGAUGCACAAUGGUGCGGCAGGCCAAAAGUCGACGAAGAACCGGAAGUGCAAGAACUCGAAUUUAUUGAUCUUGCAGAUGAUGGCGAUAAUGAUAAUAAACCAGAAUCGCCGCCGCUCGUACCGAUGGUACCAAAGGGUGAUGAGCUACGAUCCGGUGAUGCACAAAGCCUUUCCAAGCCCGAAGUGAUCGAUUUGACAUGA